UUUGCUGCUGGGUCACUGAGGUUCACAGAGAGACACUUUGUUGUUAAACCAGGUUGUUCCACAGAGAGAUGAUGGUGAAGAUCGCAGCAGCGGACACACACCGAGGUUCCUGGGGACAUCACUGCUGCUCGGUGCUGGCUCACAGCUGAAGGGAGUGAAUUAUGCUGCUCUGAAUCUUCCGCCCAUCUGGAAGCUGAUUGGCCAAGUGAAGCGUCGACUCGGCGUCUGUCAAGAAUCACAAGUGAAGACAGAGGUGCCUUCCUUUCUCCCUCUCAGGCUCCCUCACUGGGCAUCAUCACAGGUGCAGCUCCGAUAUGACUAAGAGAAGUCCAUCUUACCAGCUGGUCAAAAGGAUGCUGAACCAUCACUGCAGAAGGAACCCUGAGCUUCAUGAGGAGCUGCAGAUCCAGGCUGCAGUGGCAGCUGGGGAUGUCUGCACUGUCAGGAGAAUGCUGGAGCAAGGAUACUCGCCGAAGAUCCGUGACGCCAACGGCUGGACUCUGCUCCACUUCUCUGCUGCCAAAGGAAAAGAGAGAUGUGUUCGAGUCUUUCUGGAGCAUGGAGCUGACCCCACAGUGAAGGACUUCAUAGGUGGCUUCACAGCACUUCACUAUGCUGCUAUGCAUGGCAGAGCACGGAUCGCUCGACUGAUGCUGGAAUCCGAGUUUCGCAGUGACAUUAUAAAUGCAAAAAGCAAUGACGGCUGGACGCCGCUUCAUGUGGCCGCCCACUACGGUCGAGACUCUUUCGUACGCCUCCUCCUCGAGUUCAGGGCCGAGGUGGACCCACUGAGCGAUAAAGGCACCACGCCGCUGCAGUUGGCCAUCAUCCGUGAGCGUUCCAGUUGCGUACGGAUCCUCUUGGACCACAGUGCCAACAUUGACAUUCAGAAUGGCUUUCUGCUGCGGUAUGCUGUCAUCAAAGGCAAUCACUCGUACUGCCGCAUGUUCCUGCAGAGGGGAGCGGACACAAACCUUGGACGUCUUGAAGAUGGGCAGACUCCCCUGCACCUGUCUGCCCUCAGGGAUGAUGUAUUGUGUGCCCAGAUGCUCUACACGUAUGGAGCUAAUACAAAUACCAGGAACUAUGAAGGGCAGACACCUGUAGCUGUGUCCGUUAACAUGUCAGGAAUCAGCCGGCCCUGUCUGGACUUCCUGCAGGAGGUCACCAGACAACCACGGACUCUGCAAGACUUGUGUCGAAUAAAAAUCCGUCACUGCAUCGGCCUUCAGAGCUUGAAGUUCCUGGAGGAUCUACCAAUUGCAAAGGUUAUGAAAGACUAUUUAAAACAUAAGUUUGACAAUGUGUGAAGGAAAGAACAACAGAAGAGGAGAGAGUGACUGCUAUUAAUUUUGAAGACUAUGCAAUCUGCACGUCCACAUGUCUGUUCCUUACAUGCUGAAGGAAGGUCGAGAUCCUGUUUUUGUCCAGUUCAACUCUUCACAAAUAGUUUACCACGUCACUCAUCCAUUUCGGCCUUUUUAAAGUCGGUUGCUGAAGGAGGGAAAUAGAGCUGGCUUGUGUGAGCAACAAUUAUUGUUUUUUUGGGGGGAAAUAAACAAUAAUUGACUGCAGAUACUAUUCUGUUUAUGUUACUGUGCACAAUGCUAUCCUUGUUGGCUCAGAUUGUCAUCAAAUUUGUACUUUAUAUGAAGAUACUUUAAUUUAUUUACCCCUCUAGGACGUUAGACUGGACCUGUGGAUAUUUUAUUGUGCAGAAUCACAAAGUGUUGAGCUACUUAAAAUCUACAAGGUACAGUCUGAUUUUUGUUUUAAAAUCUGGUUUCAAUCAACACCAGCUUCUCCAAUGACUUCAAUAACUUAUGAAGCAAAUUAAUCUGGGGUUGUGCCCAUUGACAGAUAUGUCCCAUAAAGAAACAGUUGAUGAAUAGUAUUUGAACGUAGCUCUUAAAUUAUGUGGACAUAGGAAGGCAGUGUUACAAGAAAUAAGGUGGAUCCCCAUUUGUUCUCUUAUAUCAAUCAUCCGUCACUAACAACAGCAAACCACAACGUGCCAGAAUGUGGAAAUCCACCUCUGCUCUACUGUCAAAUUUGCCUAAAAUUUGUGGAGGGUGUGUUGGAGUUAAAAACUGGGCUGAAUCUGUACAGUGACAACAUAACAUUAAAUGGCAUGUCAGCUGAAGUGAAAGUUAACAAAAGGUCCUUCCAUCUCCCUGCUUAUUGUUUGGAACUGCAUUAAGUAUCAACAGAAGGCUGAGAAGAGAUUUUAGAUUGAUGUCAUGGUUGAACAGCUCAAGAGUUGAGUAACGAUCAAGCACCGAUCAAGUUGCGUUUUACAUUUCUAAACUAUAUGUAGAACAUUUCAGUUUGAAGUGAGUGCACUGUGAGUUAGAUUCUGUUCUGAAAGCACCACAGUCACUCUGUGACGGUGUUGUUUAAUAAGAAUAACAGUUUAUAGUCUGCUUUGGAUAAAACUGACAAACCAUCACUACAGUCUAUGUAAAUAUGUACAACAGAUAUUUUUGGAGAAUUUAUUUAAGCAAUUAUUUCUGGUAUUCUUAAUGUAUUUAAAGUUUGGAUUUAUAAUAUUA